GUAUGUGUGAGAGAGAAGAGAGAGAGAGAGAGAGAGGGGAGCCCUGAAAAUCUAAACCCUUUUCAUAUUUUCCUCUCUUUGAUAACCCCAUUUGAUCACAACCUCUCUCACAAUCUCAUUCCUUGAAGGAGGAGAGAGAGAGAGAGAGAGAGAUUGUGGAAGCAUCAAGAUUGUUUAGUGAAGAACCCAAGUGAUUCAGUGUGACCGUACAAUGGAGCGGUACGGUCGGACCACAGAAGGGUCACAGUCCGAUCCGUCGCCCGAGUGGACUGUUCCGGGACCCGAAACAGGGCUGGAAGAGUCCAUGUGGCAGUUGGGGCUCGGACCCGGGGAAUCGUAUCCGGAACGAACCAACGUUACCGAUUGUAGUUACUACUUGAGGACUGGGAUUUGUGGGUACGGCUCUCGGUGUCGGUACAAUCAUCCUCGUGAUCGUAGUGCGGUUACGGGAGCUGCGAGACCUGGAGGAUUGGAGUACCCUGAGCGAGCGGGCCAGCCUGUGUGCCAGUACUAUAUGAGGACAGGGACUUGCAAAUUUGGCGCUUCUUGUAAGUACCACCAUCCUAAGCAGGGAGGAAGCUCUGGUAGCCCUGUAUCUCUAAAUUAUUAUGGAUACCCAUUACGACAGGGUGAAAGAGAGUGUUCCUACUAUGUGAAAACUGGACAGUGUAAGUUUGGUGCAACUUGUAAAUUCCAUCAUCCACAGCCAGCUGGGAUACCACUUCCAGUGCCAUCACCAGCCCCUCAAGUUUCACCUGUACCUGCUGCACCUGCAUUGUAUCAAACUGUGCAAUCUCCGUCUGUUUCAUCGCAACAAUAUGGAGUAGUAUUUGCAAGGCCUCCUUUGCUACCGGGUUCAUAUGUUCAAAGUCCCUAUGGUCAAGUCCUGCUUUCCCCUGGCACAAUUCCUUUUCCAGGUUGGAGUCCAUAUCAGCCACCUGCAAGCCCAUUGCCCUCUCCUAGUACUCAACCUGGUGUCGGUUCUGGGACACUUUAUGGGAUGAGUCAACUAUCUCCUUCAGCAGCUGCAUAUACAGGAAUGUAUCAGCCGAUACCUUUACCUUCUUCUCUUGGUCUUCCAACCACCAGCCAGAAGGAGCACUUAUUUCCUGAAAGACCUGGUCAACCAGAUUGUCAGUAUUACAUGAGAACAGGGGAUUGUAAAUUUGGGUCCUCAUGUAGAUAUCAUCACCCACCAGAAGUUGUUGGACCAAAAACAACUGUUGCCCUCAGCCCCAGUGGUCUUCCUUCGCGCCCGGGUGCACCACUUUGCACUCACUAUGCACAACGAGGAGUAUGCAAGUUUGGGCCUGCAUGCAAAUUCGACCAUCCAAUGGGAACACUCAGUUACAGCCCAUCAGCGUCUUCUCUUGCUGAUAUGCCAGUUGCACCGUACCCAGUGGGAUCAUCAAUUGGUACGCUAGCCCCAUCAUCCUCAUCCUCAUCCACAGAAUUGCGGCCUGAGCUUAAUUCAGGCUCUGGAAAGGACUUAGUUUCAGCCAGAAUGUCUUCAUCACUGAGCACUUCUAGUGGAUCAGUUGGUUCAACUGUUUCUAAGGGUGGUAUUGCCCAUUUGGGUGUUCAACAGUCUGCUCAGGGUUCUGGCCCUUCAACUAGCAGUGGCAGCAGUACAGAGUCUCAUAGUCCAAGCUAAGCAAUGCCAAGCAAUUUUUCAUUCUUCCUUUUUGAUCAACUUUCUCCCAAAGCAUCAUUUUUUCUUUUUUCAAGUCCUCCAAUAGAGGCUUAUCUCACUGGCUUAGCAUACAUCAGUCAUGUUCAUCUCUGUGUCUAUAUCAUCUUUAUAUGGCCUCCCCUUUUAUCUUGAAUAAGCUAUGGCCAAGCUCCAAAAGUUCAGCAAACCCCAUAUAGUCUUCCACUUUUCUCUUCAAUAACCGUGAAAGAAUUUGCAGUUCCGUUAGGCAAAUCUGUGUCCAGCUCUCCAAUUUUGGGGUGUGUUAUGUUCAUUUGUGGCCUUUUCCAGAAUGAAAAGAUUAGUUCCACGGUGUUCUCGCUUUUAGAUUGACCGUGUGUAAUUCAUGUCUAUCCUUUCUGAAUUUUCUUUUAAAUUGGGGAACAAGCUUUCACUUAAACUUUGAAAUUUGAAUGCUUGUUCCCCCACUUUUUGUCCAAGGUCUAUUUUGAGAAAGAGAAGUAAACUAAAGACCCAAGGAGG